CUUCCUUCCCUCUCCAAAUUCUGUCUCUGUCUCUCUGUUCUCUCUCUAAAAUCCAUCGAAGCAGCAGUUUCGCCGGGAAUAGUGAGUGAUCCGAUGGGGCGCGAAGAGCAGCUCCACAUCACCGUGCCGAGCCUCUUCCGGUGCCCGAUCUCGCUCGACGUCAUGAAGUCGCCGGUGAGCCUUUGCACCGGCGUCACCUACGACCGCUCCUCCAUCCAGCGCUGGCUCGAGUCCGGCCACCAGACCUGCCCCGCCACCAACCAGCCCCUCCCUUCCACCGACUUCGUCCCCAACCUCACUCUCCACCGCCUCAUCCACCUCUGGGUCCAGUCCUCCUCCGCCCGCCUCCCGGGCUCCCUGGCGCCUCCGCCGGCGGCGAGGUCCUCUCCCUCCGAGAUUCGAGCUCUCAUCGAACAAAUCGUGUCGGAGACGGCCCGGGAUAGUUGCUGCGGUGCGUUGAAGAAGGUCGCCGAGUUCGCGAGCUAUCGCGAGGAGAACAGGAGGUUCUUGGCUGGUUCCGACGGUUUUGUGGAGGCGAUUGUUCAGGUUAUGACGAGAGGAGGAGGUUCGGAAUCGGAAAUCGAGGUUUUGGAGUUGGCGGUGACGGUUUUGGAGUCGAUUUUGAUGGAGAAUGGAGUUAAAGAGCGGUUGACCAGGCGGCUGCUCCGGAGCGACCGUGAGAACUGCUUGUCUCCGAUUGUUUCGGUCCUUCGAAGCGGAAGAUUAGCGUCGAAGAUUGCGGCUGUCAGGAUUUUGGACUCGAUCGCGGUCGACAAUGAGUCCAAACGCUCAAUCGCCGAAAUGGAGGACGUCCUCGCCGAAUCAAUCCGGCUCCUCGCCGCCGAGACCGACGAGAGCCUGCGGGAUGCCGUCUUGUCGUUCCUCAUCAAUUUGACCGUGGCUCGGUCAAUGAAGAACCAGCUGGUCCAGCUCGGGCUCGUCCCGAUCCUCGCCAGUUUCAUCUCCAAUCAAGACUCCACCGGUCCAACCGUCGAGAGGUCUUUGAGAUUGACGCAGAUGGUCUCGACGGUCGCGGAAGGGAGACAGGCGAUGAGCGAGGACGCGGAGCUGACGAGCUCGCUGGUGGGGAGGCUGAUGAAGUUGUCGAAGGCGGGGACGGAGGACGCGGUCGCGGUGCUGUGGAGCAUGUGCUGCGUGUACGGAGAUUCGAGGGCGAAGGAGAGAGUGUCGAGGAGCAAUGGCAUGACCAAGGUGUUGCUGGUGAUGCAGAGCGAGGAAGAUGCCGGCGUGAGGAGGAUGUGCCGCGAUCUGGUGAAGGUUUUGAGAUCUGGGGGUAACACCGUUGAAUCUGGGUUGGUGAGCUAUGAGACCAGAACUACCCACAUCAGGCAUUGCUGAAUUCUCGCCGACGACGACGACGACGACGACGACGAUUGAUGAUGACAUUUCUCACAGUUGCACAAAUUUUUGUUAGUUUUUUUAGGUGAUAAACUGAAAAGUGAUUGUUCAGACACACGGGGCUUAAACACGUACAAGAGGAGAAGAAUCUAGAUGGAAUUCUUUGAAAUUUGAUGUUACAGAGACACCUUGACA